AUGGUGGUUCAGUACUCAACGCCCCAAAGCGAGUUUGUUCCAACAUCCAAGAAUCCAUAUGAGGACAUGAGCUACAAUGAUUGGUCCAUCCUGAUCGAUGCAGCCAUAUCCACACAGGGCAAAUUGGAUGACGUGGACAACGGCAACAAUAGCAUCAGCUCCAACAAUAGCAAUAUCAAUAGCAACAACAGCAACAAUAGCAACAACAACAACAACAACGUCACCAUCAGCAGCAACAGUGGCAACACAGAGGUGAAGGUUGAGAUCAAUACAGAGGCGGACCAGCACCCUCCAAAGGAGUCCGCCAACAAUGUCGCCACCACCAACAACAACAAUAUAGACGACAAUACAAACCAUACUCAUCCGCUGUGUAGUGGCGACACAACAGUCAGUGACAACGGUAGUAUCAGUCAUACAAACAUCACCAACAUAGAUAGCAACAGUUGUAGCACCGACAUCAACAACAACAACAACAAUAAUAGUAAUAGUAUCAACAACAACAACAAUAAUAACAACAAUAUCCUUCUGUGUCCUAUCCUAAAGAAGAGUAACCCAAACAACUCAUUCGUAGGAUAUGAGAUAUCAAAGUUGCCACUGAGAAAGAGACACUUGGUGCCAGAGAGUGCUUACUACAACAUUCACCAGUGUCUGGCUUCACCGCAGUCACCUCCAACACCUAAACAAUCAUCAACACAUCUGUUUGGUGGUAGUGGUAGCGGCAACAGUUUGAACGAAGCCCAGGAGCAGCGAGUGCCCUCCCCCAACACAAAGAAGGAGGUUGUCGUCCAACAGCAACAGCAUCAACAGCAGCAACAACAGGUGACCGUCAAACCACCCGCCAAACCAACAGAGGAGGACGAGGUCGAUGUCGAGGGUGUAGACGAAGAGUUCUUUGUAGACAAAUCUCUAAGCUAUGAUACCCAACAUAGGACUGUCGUUGAGUCCGUCACACCGCCACUGACGUCGUCCAACGGUGUCCAGCAGCAGCCCACUCCAAUCAAAGUUGCCGAGAGCACGCUGGUCAAGGUGGAGAGUGACCAGGAGAUGGAGGUGGACAUUCUGGUAGACGACGAGGAGAGCAGCAACAGCAGCAGCAGUCACAGGAGCAAGGGAGAGAACACACCAGUCAAGAAGGAACACAGUCACCAUCAUCACAGCCACCACGAUGGCAGCCACAAGAAGAGGUCCAAGCACCAACGGUCCAGACACAGCCACAAGAAGGUCAGGCGGGAGAAGGAGCGUCCGGCCUCAUCAGGGUCCGACACCGCCAUGUAUGAAUCCGAGUCCGAUUCGGUUUCCGACGAGGAGGAGGAAGACUCUGGUGACAACAGACUGUACUGUGUCUGUCGCAAGAAGUACGAUUCCAACUCAUUCAUGAUUGCAUGCGACAAGUGCGACGAGUGGUACCACGGCGAGUGUGUCAACAUCUCGGAGAAGGACGCCAAGAAGAUCGACCGAUACGUGUGCAUGAAGUGCAAGAAGAAGGACAAGCACAACAGUGGCAGUCACUCCUCGAAUAAUAAUAAUAGUAGUAGCAGCAACAUCACCAGCAGCAACAACAACAUCAACAACAAUAGUAACAAUAGUAACAAUAGCAACAACCACAAUCACAACAAUCACAACAGUCACAACAACAAUAGCAACAACAGCAGCAACAAUAGCAACAACAGAGAUAGUAUACCUCCCGCCUCACCAAAGGUGACACCUUCACAGCCCAACUUGACAAACUCGCCACUUCUGCAGAGUAGCGAUUACAAACAUUAUUUAUCAACAAGCAACAACACCUCACCAACACACAGUAGCAACAGCAACAACCCUUCACCGACAUCGUCCUCCUCCUCUUUACCCUCUUCUAAACCUGACGUUCGAAGAUGCUCUUACUCCAAGUGCUCAGGCUUCACCAGCGGCCCAUCCAAGUACUGCUCCAAGGAGUGCGGCGUGGCCAACGCCAAGGAGAUCAUCAACAAGAACCCAUCGAUUCAGCGUUCCGUUUUAUCCGCACCCAACUCUCCACCCAACAGUACAGUCGCACCUGCACCCGCACCCGCGGCCGGCACUGCCACAGCCUCCACCACCAAGUCUUCUCCGCCCGUCUCUGACAGUAAUCCACUGACCCAGAAGCUGAUGUCGACGUCCAACUGCGACGACAUUAGCAAGCUGAAGGAGAUCUCGCAGAAACGAUCCGAGAUCGAGACCAAGCUGAAGAAGCUGGAGAAGAAGAGCUCAGAGUUUGAAAAGACCAUCCAGAAGACCAAGUUCCGAGCAGAGUCUGCAGAAUUGUAUAAUAAUAUCAGUACCAAAGGCAACAUUGAUGGCCCCAACUCGACACCGCCGACCCCCAAGCCCAACAACUCGCCGCCAUCCAUCACGCCUUGUGUCUUUCCUCAGAAAGAGUCAGCCACUGGCAUAUGCGGCGUAUUGAACUGUACAGAGCAUCCCAACUGGGAGAAGAAAAAGAGAGAGUUCUUUACCAAGGAACAGUCAUUAUAUACCAAGGCCCUCAGAGAUAUCGCUUUAGAAGAGAAACAAAUCCAUCAGAGGAUAGCCAGGCGAAACAAGAUUGCCAACAUGUCCUUCCCCGUUGGUUGUGAGACUGGCUCCUCUUCAGACUACUGA